AUGUCAUCCCGCAUCGACAAAGUCAUCGCGCGCCAGCGAGAAAAAAUUGCCGAUGGCGCUUAUUACGAGGCUCACCAGCAAUUGCGUGUCAUUGCUGUCCGGUAUAUCAAGCAGUCCAACUACGAUGCUGCAGCGGAGAUCCUGGCAGGUGGCGCGAAGGAGCUGUUGAAAGCUGGCUCUCAGCAGGGUGCAUCGGCAAGUGGUGGAGACUUGGCCAUCAUGUUGGUGCUGGAGGUGUACAACAAAGCUGAGUGGGGGAUCUCAGGCGAUAAUGAUGAUGCGGAGUGUCGCGCUCGCAAGAUGGUCAACUUCAAGCGCCUGAUCGAGCUGCUGCGUGAGUUCCCAUCGGACGAGCCUACACGGAAGCGGUACAUCCAAGAGAUGAUUGGGUGGAGUGCAAAGUUCGGAUCUUUGGAAAGAGGAGAUGCCGAUCUACACCAUGCUGUUGGUUCAGUAUAUGCCGAAGAUAACGAGCCUUACGACGCCGAGAAACAUCUCAUCUUAGGAACAUCUGAAUCAGCCGAGACCCUCGCAAAGCUCGAAUAUGAGUGGUACACUAGCGAUGAGCCACACACCGCAGCGAUCUAUGCGUCGCGCGCAGUCUUCCCUUACCUUCUCACUGGAAACAUCCGCAGUGCGAACAAAGCCUUGCUCAUUUUCACCGCGCGGCUUUCGGCAGCCAACCCUCAGCUUGGUGUGCAGGAUGUUAGCAGUGCCAGUUCCGAUGCCCGAGUGUUCCCCGCCCUUCCUUUGGUGAACUUUAUCAGCUUGCUAUUGUUGACCAUUCAGCGGGGAAGUGCCGAUCUUUUCCGGCAGCUCACUGCCCACUAUGCAGCACAGAUCAAAGCAAUCGGUAUCUGGGACGAUGCUCUGGCUCAGAUUGGCGAGCAGUACUUCGCCAUCAAGAUCCCACGGCAAGGAAACCCCCUGAUGGAUAUGAUGAGUGGUAUGCUGUUUGGCGGAGGCCAGGGCAAAGCGGGUGGCAGAGCGGCAUCGCAAAGGACUGCAAAGAAGGUUGAGGCACCACCUUCAAGCAUGGAGCUUGACUAA